AUGAGGAAGAAGAAGGGCCGGCCAUCGACAACAGACCUUGCCAAGCGUAACGUCGUCGUGGAACAGCCAGCAGAGGUGUUGGUCUGUGGGCAUGAACGACUUUUGGCUAUAGCUAUGGAUUGUGUGAAGACUGUUAGUUGUAUUAAAGGUAAACUAUUGAAAUUAUGGAGUUUGUUUCUGGUUGCAGGUCUUUUGUGCCCUCAGUUCUUAUUGUUCACCAUCUGGCUGUCCAGUAUUCAAAAUGUGGUUGCAUUGCAUAUGCCGCAUGAGACUAGCCUUAUCUCGUCUACUUCUGAGCUGGCCAGCCCGCCUACUAGUGCACUGUUUGAACCCAUAGUAAUAUCUCCUGCUGUUUUUCCACACUCUCCUUUUCCUGGUGAGCCUUUAUCACCGAUGUACCCAUCCUUCCCAACAACCUAUGAUCCAGUCUUGACUGGAAGAUGCCCAGUAAAUUUUUCUACCAUUUCAAUGAUCUUGAACAAGACGGCAUCUGAUUGUUCUCAACCUUUAGCUGCACUAGUAGGAAAUGUUAUAUGUUGCCCACAGGUCAAUAGUUUACUCCGCAUAUUCCAGGGAUUCUACAGCACCAAUUCGGAUAAUUUAGUUCUGCAAAAUGCCGUGGCUGAUGAUUGUUUUAAAGAUAUUUUCAGUAUAUUAGCCAGCAGAGGGGCAAACAGCUCAAUACCUACUAUCUGCUCUAUAAAGUCGUCAAAUCUUACUGGUGGCUCUUGUCCUGUAAAGGAUAUAACCACUUUUGACAAAACAGUGAACACAAGCAAAUUAGUGGAAGCUUGCAGUACUGUUGAUCCUCUUAAAGAGUGCUGCAGACCAAUUUGUCAGCCUGCAAUUAUGGAGGCUGCACUUCAGAUAUCAGGGACACAAUCAAUGAUCAAUGAUGACAAAAACAUAAUUGGAAAGCCUACUCAUAUUGACAUUCUAAAUGAUUGUAAAGGGGUGGUGUAUUCAUGGCUUUCUAGGAAACUCUCAUUCGAUGUUGCUAAUACUGGUUUUCGAAUAUUAUCUGCCUGCAAAGUUAAUAAAGGUACAUUUUUCUUGAAAUUAUUUUCUAUGGAUGUUGUUAUUCUAAGAAGCUAUUGCCUAGUGCAAUGGAGGUUGCUCUCUGGGCAUGUAAAGCCAUGUUCCAAGGGAGAAGUUGAUGAAAUGUUUUGUCCUUUGGAAUUUAAGCAGCCAUCGGAAGUUGUUAAAGCGUGCCGUAAUGUAGCUGCUCCCAGUCCUUCGUGUUGUAGCUCAUUAAAUGCUUACAUUGCGGGUAUACAGAAGCAAAUGUUAAUUACAAAUAGACAAGCAAUUAUUUGUGCAACUAUGUUUGGGUCCAUGCUACGGAAGGGUGGGGUUAUGACAAAUGUUUAUGAGCUUUGCGAUGUUGACUUGAAAGAUUUUAGUCUACAAGGGUGUUUGCUUCGAAGCUUGCCUGCAGAUGUGUUAUUUGACAAUUCAACAGGCUUCAGCUUUAUUUGUGACUUGAGGGACAAUAUUGUGGCUCCAUGGCCGUUGUCAUCCUCUGUGUCCUCCUUGUCUCUUUGUGCUCCUGAGAUGUCAUUGCCAGCGCUACCAACGUCGGAGACUUUGGGAAACCCUGGUGUGUAUCGCUGCCCAGCUUUUGUGCUUUUGAUUCCUGCUUUAAUUUGAUCAAUAUGCUUUCCAUGUAAAUGAAAAAUGAACUAACAAGAAACACAAGGAAAGUGAUGGCAUGAAAUAAGGCAGAGGGUAGACUAUCUUGCAUGGUAAAGGCAGCUAAACGCUUAUGUUGCUGUUAAGAAGCUGCUGGGUUACAUUACUGGGAAAAUUAGCCUGCUAGUGGUCCCAAAUGGCCAACACAAAGCAAAAUGAAGUGCAGCUUUGAGAGUGAGUGGGUUUUGGAACAUUCCAUGGCUUAGUCUAGGUAAACUUAGGAAAGGUAGUUUACUUGCUUACUUAUUUUAGUGUAAGGCAACUUAGAUGUAGUUAACUUUGCUUGCUAGAUGUAGCGCCAGCUAGGAAGGUUUGCUGCUGC